AAGUAGCUUCGGAAAUAUUCCUUGCGUGAACAGUGAUAGAAGAAGCAGUAAUCAUUUUGAUGUGAGAAUACUUAAGUGCUUCGGAGAAUACUUCAAAAUUGUCAUGAUGAUAAGCGGCAAACUUACAUUAAGGAAUGAAAGUUGAAAUAGUGUGUAACCAGACGUUCGAACAUCUUACACCAAGAAAACAUGACAAAAGAAAAUACAAAUGAAUACUUUUAAAACACUGUCAUGAAAAUAAGCAGCACACUUACACAAAGAACUGAAGGUGGAAAUGGUGUAUAAUCUGACACCCGAACAUCUUGCAUCCAGAAACGAGACAAAAAAAGAUAAAUAAAUAAACAAAUAAGAAAAUAUAAACAGAGCUAAUACCGGAGGGAAGUCCUAAGCAGAAACUAACCAACUGCAAGCGGUUGCACCUUGAAGUGAGAAGCUGAAGCAGAAUAGGCAAAUCAGUGAGGAAAACUGAGGAAAUCCAUGAAACGUUAAGCUAUACUAGCGAGACUUUACGAGCAGAGUGGCGACGCAUUUCAAGAAAGUGAUAAAGUGGAAGUGUGAUGGAAACAUUGAGAGAAUGGCGCCUCUACCUUCGCUGGGGGCUGCGAAUGUUCCUCGUGGCCUUGGCAGGCGUGAUGAGCGCGGCGCUCCUCACAGUCCCCCUGCUCAUAGGGUCUUCAGCAGGAACAAACGAGGUGCUGGUGGAGGAACUUCGUCGCAAACACCUCCUGUCGCUGCCCGUGUUCCAGACAAAGCGGAGUCAGGCAACCCAGCCAGCCAUAUCCCUCCUCACUUGAAGAACCACCUAUAUUUUUCUUCCUAUGAUGGCACUCACGUAUACGAGAACCGCGGCACCACCGGAGGCACUGUGGCCAGGAAACCCAACACUUUGGAGAGAAGAAUGUUUACUCAGGCACAGGAGGAAGUUGUUCAGUACCUGAGGGCGCGCGGGCAGAACCACUACUCCGUUGUGGACUGUAGCGACCUUCGGUACCGCCUGCUGCCGAUGGCGGGUUUAGAAGUGGAUGUAAUGUGUAGCAAGUCCUCUCCACCCGAGGCUGAAAGGGUCGUGCUGCUGCUUCCCUUCCACCACAGCCGCGUGCUGCUCCACACACACAUCGCUGCCGCACCACAAGUGUUGGGCGUUAUCGUGCCGCUCAGCGGACAAGUCGAGGUUCUGGAGAGGCUGGUAACGAAUUUCCGAGAGGUGGUGCAGGACAGCGGCCUACGAGUUGUCCUCAGUAUAGUUUACUUUGACGACCAGCACACACAAGAGGCAGCGGCAGUACUGCAGGCCGCCAGUGGCACAGAGGGUUUGCAAACACAAUUCACCGUUCUCACUGGGGAAUUCUCACGCUCGCGGGGUGUUAACGUGGGCGUAGAGGUGAUGACGGGCGAUGUGGAGGUUGUGUUCUUGUGUGACGUGGAUGUGUCGGUCACGCGGGACUUCCUAGUGCGUUGCCUCGCCUCCCCAACCCCGGGGCGUGAGGUAUUCUUCCCGGUGGUGUUUUCGCAGCACAACCCUACCCUGACGUACGCGGCGCGGGGCUUGGCGCCGCGGCACUCUGGCGCCGUGACGCUCAGAGACAACCAUGGAUUCUGGCGACUCUGGGGCUUCGGAAUGGUGUGCCUGUACAGGACAGACUUCCUCACGAUCAAUGGGUUUGACUCUGGUCUUGAUGGCUGGGGCGGGGAGGACCUUCGCUUCGCCCGCCGCGUCUCCAACAUGAAAUACACGAUAAUAAGGUCUCUGGAUCACGGCCUGUGCCAUCACUACCACCAGAAGGACUGCAGCCGCGUGGGGAAGGGACAAAGGGCGUCAUGUCUGCGGGUACAGGCGACAAGCGAGGCAUCAGGACAAACGUUUGGGUUAUGGUACUUCAAGCACAAACACAACACGUCCAUGUGGGAGGCACUGAAAGACCACCACGUGAUAAAGAAGAAAGAAAUAAAGGACAAGAGAGAACAGCAAAAGGAGAGAGACGACAGAAGAUAGGAGAUAAAAAAGAAGAGAAAACGAAUCCACUGACAGUAACAGUAUAUCCACAAAGGUUCUAAAAGUGGUUCUUCUGGUGAUGGUCGCUCUGAAUCUUGUGUCAUUGUGCAGCUGUGUGGCGUUCACUCAUAUCUAUCGCUGCCGCUACGCCACACACACACACACACACACACACACACACACACACACACA